AUGUCCGAUUUCCUGGGUACGAAACUGACCAACCACGACGUGAAUGAAGUGAGGAGAGAAUUUCGCAAAAAGAGAAAGCACAGUCACUACGAUGAGUAUGACUUUUAUGUGUACUACAAAAAUUUGCUAUCGGAGGAAAGGAAGAAGAAGGAAAAGCGAGAAAGAAAUAAAAGGAGGAAGGAAAAAGAGCAGGCAGAAGCAGAGGAUGAAUUCAAGCCCAGCAAUUACAUAUCCAGCAGAUAUAAACGAAAUGAAGAUGUAACCAAAAAAGGAAUUUAUGAUUACAUUGAUGAGGAGGAUAGCAUCUAUGAGGAUAUAAUCACAAGUGGGUACUUUGAUGAUAAGGAGAAUUAUGCAGAUGACCUCCAGUUUACCUUUUUCAACGAAAGUGUGUCUUAUGCACUGUUGAGGAACAACAACUAUAUUGAUGGCAUUCCCAUCGGAAUAAACAUUCAAGUGGCAAACAAAUACAUGAGGGAAGAUGUGUCCAAGGGUGACACCGCCAAUACGAUUGAUAAAAAGGAUUAUGUCACGUCGAUGGGCGCUGGUACAUAUGUUACGUCCUCCCCCCGUGAUGAAAAAAAAACGCGGCACAUUGAGACGAAUUGCAUAGAGGAACCCAUCAACGAUGAUGUGCUUCAAGGAGACUCUUCAAAAAGGCGCAAACCGAUAGGACCCAAACUACCAACCAUUUUCGAACAAAUCAGACACAAAGUAGGGGAACAAACACAACACUCAACGGAGAGAAACGAAAAUGAAUACAUAAACAUUUUGUCUUCUCGAAAUCGUCUCAUUGCGAUAAAAAUGGAAGAACAAAAGGGCUUUGAAAAAUUAAUUAAAGACAUUUAUAAGCCAAAAAAUAACUUUGAAGGGGCCUUUUAUAAAAAAAAGGAAAACAGUAUUGACCAAGUGAAGAAGCGCGAAUUAGAUCGCCUCAGAAAAGAUUUCCUUUUACCGCACCAAAGGGGAAUCCACGAUGAGGGGUCAAUCGAGGCGCGCACACAGAUUGAUAUAACAACGGGAAGGAAACAAAUGUUUGGUCAAACGGAAUAUGAAGACUAUUCAGAUAGCUCCCUAGAAGACGCAUAUACGAGAUCAUCACGCAGAAAUGCAAAUAAGGAUUAUGCCAUGGUACUCGACAAGAAGAGCAGACAAAGGGAAGACAGUUAUACAAUUCCAUACAAUAGCUUCAGCCUCGAUGUUGAUAGCGGUGAUGAGAGCACCUUCGUUUUGUAUAGCACAGGGAAGCAUCAUGCGGAAGAAAUGCUACUCCGGCGCUCCAAAUUUUAUCGCACACUUUUCGGAAGCAGACACGUGGAGAAGCCUGACAGUCGCGCCAUUGAAGAAGAGAUAGAAGAUCUAAACAUGAGAUAUGCAAAAUUAAUGAACCCUAAAAUGGAAACGAAGCUGAGCAAAAGCGAGUUACUCGAAUUGUAUGUACCCAAAAAGAGCUGGGUGCAAACCGGUAGUUCUUUAACGCAUGAAGAGAAGGAGGCGCAAAACGAAAUCUACGUUUUGAAAAACAAAAUUAAUUUUAACAACGACUUGAAGAAAAGGUAUAGGUUUUAUUUUUACUGCAGAAUGAAGGAGGGGAAGAUAAAUGCGGACGGAAGUUUGAGAAAAUGCGUGGAGAAUAUUCUGAGUCCAGCGGAGAGGGCAGAAUUUGAAGAAUUAAGGGGAAAGCUAAAAGUUUACUACCUCGACUUUUACAAUAGAGAAAUUGCAAACGAAGAUGUGAACACAAACUUCCAGAUUCAGGAAUACGAAUUUGCGCAAUGCUUGUGCGAGAAGUUAGGCAUUUUGGACCCUGCAGCGGGGGACCAAAGUGGCGAGGGAAUGGAAAAACGAUCCAUCGUCGACGAUUUUUUGAAAAUCCCCCAGUUCGUUUUUGAUGCCAUUUUUUGCGCCUAA